UCCGUGGAGGGAUUCCUGGAGUAGCUGCAGAACGGUGAUGCUCUGACUCCACUCUGCCCCCCACACAAUUGGCUCUCGCGUUCUCUCUCUCUCUCUCUCCCCCUCCUCUUAGCCACCCAGUCAGCAGCAGCUGAAACUUCACCCCCAACAUACAAAGCCAGCUCGUAGAGAGCAGGGGAGGGAGGGGGUGCACAGACUUUUCGGGGCGCGGAGAAGAGCUUGCUCGCACCCCUACACUUUUCGCGUCUCCCCCCCCCCGUCCUCCUCCUCCUCCUCCUCUCUUUUUGGAGGAGAGUGUGGUUAUCCCUGAAGUCUCUCAUCCCAGGAGAGCCGCGCAGAACAAGACAAAUCCAACUCGUCGCCCAGACGGGAACGCUGAAGGACAGGCGCCUCCUGCCUCUCCGGUUGCCAGGUAAAGAAUCAGAGCACUGAAGUAUCUUGUUCUACCCAUUGCUUGAAUUUUCCUUGUGAUUAGAAAAUACUGUGGAUGCCACUUAUAUAAGGAAGGUGAAUUUAGAGAAAAAGAAGAUAUCUUGAACCACAUCAUCAACAUUCCCCUGGGACUAAAAUGGCAAAAGAAAGUCAACACCAGGCACUAGCAGCACUACCAGGUACCACUGUCGCUACUGCAAUAGCAAAUAAUGCCACAGAACCAGCGAUACCCGGAGGAGGGAAAGGCGGUGCAAAAGAAGAUGCAUUUUCAAAGUUAAAGGAGAAAUUUAUGAAUGAACUAACCAAAAUUCCAUUGCCACCUUGGGCCUUAAUAGCCAUAGCCAUAGUUGCCAUCCUAUUAGUCCUUACCUGCUGUUUCUGUCUGUGUAAGAAAUGCUUGUUCAAAAAGAAAAACAAGAAGAAGGGCAAGGAGAAGGGAGGAAAGAAUGCAAUUAACAUGAAAGAUGUAAAAGAUUUAGGCAAGAACUUGAAAGAUCAGGCCCUUAAGGAUGAUGAUGAUGCUGAAACUGGAUUAACUGAUGGAGAAGACAAAGAAGAAGCCAAAGAAGAGGAGAAAUUAGGGAAAAUCCAAUAUUCCUUGGAUUAUGACUUUCAGAACAAUCAGCUUCUGGUAGGAAUAAUUCAAGCUGCUGAGCUGCCUGCUUUAGAUAUGGGUGGUACAUCUGAUCCAUAUGUGAAGGUUUUCCUGCUUCCUGAUAAAAAAAAGAAAUACGAGACAAAAGUUCACAGGAAAACCCUUAAUCCUGUCUUCAAUGAACAAUUUACAUUCAAGGUGCCGUAUUCUGAACUGGGAGGAAAAACUUUAGUGAUGGCAGUAUAUGACUUUGACCGCUUUUCUAAGCAUGAUAUUAUUGGAGAAUAUAAAGUUGCCAUGAACACUGUAGAUUUUGGUCAUGUGACUGAAGAAUGGCGAGAUUUGCAGAGUGCUGAAAAAGAAGAGCAAGAGAAGCUAGGUGACAUCUGUUUCUCUCUCCGCUAUGUGCCUACUGCUGGCAAGCUGACUGUUGUCAUUUUAGAAGCAAAGAAUCUGAAGAAGAUGGACGUGGGAGGCUUAUCAGAUCCCUAUGUGAAAAUUCAUCUGAUGCAGAAUGGGAAACGGUUGAAGAAGAAGAAGACAACAAUUAAGAAGAACACUCUGAAUCCUUAUUACAAUGAAUCCUUCAGCUUUGAAGUACCAUUUGAGCAAAUCCAGAAAGUGCAAGUUGUUGUGACUGUUUUGGACUAUGACAAGAUUGGCAAGAAUGAUGCCAUUGGCAAAGUCUUUGUGGGCUACAACAGCACUGGCGCGGAGCUGCGACAUUGGUCAGACAUGUUGGCCAACCCAAGACGACCCAUUGCACAGUGGCAUACCUUACAGCCAGAGGAAGAAGUAGAUGCCAUGCUUGCUGUCAAGAAGUAGGAAGAAAGUGAAAUGUGAAAAGAAGGCCUUUCUGCAUUUGCCCAUAUAGUGCUCUUUAGCCAGUAUCUGUAAAUACCUCAGUAAUAUGGGUCCUUUUAUUUCCAGCCAUGCAUCCCCAACACAGAUCAGUGGUACUUCUACUCUUGUUUUAAUUUGCACAACUUUAAUGUAGAAACAGCCCUAUAAGGCACUCCAUCUCACCACUGCCCUCAGAUCUACUCUUCUUUUAAGCAAUAUGUGUAGAUAGAGCAUGACAGAAAUUAUUUAUUGUAUCACACAGUUGUACAUACCAGUAUCUACAAAUUUAUUUCUAGUCUGUUUAUUUGUUUGUCGUAAACGUUUCCUAAUCUGUGUAUAUCUAGAUGUUUUUAAUAAGAUGUUAUAUUUUAAAUUAUGUAAAUUGACUGAGAUAUAGGAGAGCUGAUAAUUAUAUUAUAGGGUAACUAUUGUCUGCAUUCCAGCAAAAAUUCCAACUUGUAAGGCACUAGUAGUGUUACACUGACAUCUUAAAGGACAACUUAAAUCUGAGCUUUCAACUGAACCAUUACAAUAUCAAGAUAUGCUCUUGAAGGAAUGAAUCCACUGGUAGACUUUUCUCGUGGGCAAUUUUGCAUGAUCUGAGCAGGACUGACUUCUAGGAAGCAUAGCAGAAGCUGAUAGAUCACUUUUUUCCCUCUUUCUCUCUCUGUAUAUAUACGUGUGUGUGUGUGUGUGUGUGUGUGUGUGUGUGUGUAAACAAACUUAAAUCAUGGCUUUACACUUAGAAAUGAAGGUACAGUUACAUCAAGGGAGGGAGGUGGGAGCAUGAAAUAUUACACAUAGGAACAUAUAAACUAUGUGUGGGAAUCAUUUCAGGGUUAUGUAGCAGCCGCCGCCGCCGCCCUGCUACUACCCGUGGCAAACAUAUAUACUUGAAGACAAGUAGCUCUCCUUUAUCACCUUUAUACGAAUUUGCAUACUGUGAAUCCCAUUUGUGCUCUCACAUUCUCUAAUUCUAAUGAGUUUGCACAUUAGACUUUGUAACAAAAUAUUUUAUUAUACUAAGCCAGAUGAGAAGGAAUGCAGAAUAUUUUUUAAAGCAAAACAAAAAAAAAAAAUCACAGCCGUGUGUGUUUAUUAUACAAAAGUAGUUUCAUGGUGACGAGACAGUAUUGUACAAUCCCAUCAAAAGAGGACAAAAAAUUAGCCAUAUUUCUGAAUGCACUUCAAAGCAAGCCAAAAGAUAACAGCUAGUGACCUUUUAUAUACUAUUUAUACUAAUAAGUUUUAAUUUGUCCUUUAAAAAAAGUGAAACAAAACAAAGAACAAGUUCUAGCAAACUGAAGCAACCUCUUAUGUACACUAGAUGCUCGUUUCAGGAGGAGUUUUUAAAUGUUUUCAAUGUUACUAUGUAGUAAAUGGCACUAUUAUGAAGCUAUUAGUCAUUCCAUAAGCGUCUUAAAAGACUGCUCUGUGUAUCACUGUGACUGCCGUGUGUGCUUAGAAACUGUAGUUCUCUCAGUGGAUAGCAAUCAAUUUAUUCUGUAGUGAUAUUGUAAAAAUACUGCCAUUCCCUUCUACUGCACUGCCGAAGGAUUGCAUAGCACAAGACGUUCUUAUAGCUAUGGACCAAUUCAGAACUGAAGAGCUAUGCACAGGACAAGGCAUCAUUUAGAAUGGACUGACGACACAGCAUUUUGUCAACACUGUGCAAUAUUCCACAUCUCUCCCCAGGUUGAUGGUAGAGGCUGUCCUUCAGAAAAAGACCGAUGGUCACUUUAGGUUAUAUUAUUUCCUUGUGUCGCAUCGGGGCAUUAUUUUUGCAAUUGGGCUUUCUUCCUUGGAGAACCCUUUCAUUAAUUUAUUUAAAUGCUGCAUAUUUAUUUAAAAGAUUGUAAAUAUAUUUUAAUAUGUUGAAACACAAGUUCUAUUUUCAGUAACAACCAAGCACCAAAAAUUUAAAAAAUCCAAGAAGACAUUCCCCCCCCACCCCCGCUCCUUCCCAUUAAAAAAAAAAAACUUUUAGUAGUAAGUGUGGGAUUUCCUCAGAAAUAAUUUCAAAAUAUAGAGUUUCCUUUUUUAAGAAAAAAGGCAUCCCCAGUCGUGUUUUUUUUAAUCUCCUUUUUCCAAGCUCUAAGCUGGCAAGUUACUUAUGAAAUGAAGAGAAUUGAACUCACAAAUCACAAAUGGAUUGUGGCAAUUUAAUCCACUUUCUAUUUAGCUUUCCACAAGGACCAAGAUUUAUCAUUCUGGUGCUCUUUCUAUUGUCUACAUCAGUGUUUUUCAACCUAAGCAACUUUAAAAUGUAUGAACUUCAAUUCCCAGAUUUCCCCAGCCAGCUGGCUGGGGAAUUCUGGGAAUUGAAGUCCACACAUCUUAAAGUUGCUGAGAUUGAAAAACACCAUUCUACAUCAAAGAGGAAAAGGCAAAAUUGAAUCAGAUAAACUGAACUAUAUGUAAGAGGGUCCUUUUGUAAUUGUAUACGACCAAAUCUCACCAAUGUGAGUGAGCACAGAGGGUUCAGUUCUGCUGUAACUUCUUUUACUUGAUCAGCAUAAUGGGAGAGAAAUUUCAGGCUGAAGCUGCCAGAAUUGAUUCAUUGUAUGAAGGUAUUCUAAACUGAUUCUCUUUUUACACUGCCAGAAUGAAUGUCACUGCGGAAUUGGUAUGUAAUGUUCCAUCAUUUUCAGCAGAAAAAUCUGCUAUUUGACCAAGAUGACAUUUUUAUUCUCAAAAGAAGCCACAUGUACCUUCCUGACAAAGCUGUGUAAAGUAUUAGAAUCUGAUGCUGUAGAAAGAUCCUAGUUGCCUUUGUGUAUAUUUACUGCCUGCUUGAGUGUUUCUAUGUGUGGGGUUUUUCUCUGUAUCUUGUAGAAACAUUUGGGGUGUUCUAUCCUGCCAUACUGCUCGUGACCCACGAGCUAACAAGUUUAGCUGUAUUUUACAUUUAGUUUUUAUGAAGGUGGUUUAUCUUUUGUUUCACUGUUUCACUUUUGUGUAGUGAAUCCCACAGUAGAGUUUUCCAGGUGUUGUUAAAAUAAAACAUACAUACUACCCAAUAUCCAAUAAAAUAUUUUAUUUCCUGUUGA